GAGAUGCUGACCCUCUCGUAUGCGGAUAAGAUAGCAGAUAAGGCCAUGGCCGAAUUAGAGACAGCAUAUGCGGCUGCCGAAUCUGUUUCCAGAGGCCCAAGCGCCAACAACAACAACGCGCGCGAAAGCAAAUCAAGUACGCUGGGGGGAGCCAUGAAGGCAACCGCUCCACGCCUAGCACGGUUUGUUCAGGCACACGUACAGUCUGCGAGGGGGUCGACCGCGGCUGCGGUCAACGAAGGCAGAGCUUCUGAUGUGUCCGCUAAUCGGGAGACCGACCGCAACAUGACACCAUCGCCGAGUGGAACUCCCCAUAUUAUCGAUGAGAAUGAAGAGUACGAUGAUGCGCUUGACAGGUCUACUAGCGCCCGGCAACACUGA